AUGGCUCAAGUACCUGCUAAAGAGAGACCUUCCCAAUAUAAGCAAAGCUCGCGUAAGGGUAAGAAGGCAUGGAGAAAGAAUAUCGAUUUAACAGAUAUUGAAAAAUCCAUUGAAGCCAAGGCGGAACAAGAAAUCACCCAUGGUACUUCAGACAUUUCCACAUUACAAGAUGCUGCUCUUUUUCAAGUUGAUGAGGAAGGUGAUGAUGUUUUGAAAAAUAAACUAAUUAAGAGGAAGCAAAUUAAGAAGAAUUUGAAAAGUAAAGAAAUCUUAGAUUCUUUGAAGACUAAUUCUAAAGUUGGUGUGUUGAAGCAUCAUAAGCAUCAUAAUGUUGAAGAUGGAUUUUCCAAGAAAGACAAGAAAGUUCAAGGUGUUCAUAAGAAGGAAUUGAAUAAAUUGCUGGCCUUGGCAGGUAAGCUUGAUGGUGAAUCCAAAUUGAAAAGUCGUUUGGAGAAAGAUGGGUUAGUCAAGUCUAAGAGUUAUGAUAUUUGGGGUACAAGUACCACAACAACAACUACCACUACAACAACUAAGAAAACUACUGUCCAAUUACCUUCUGGUCUUAAGUUAGAUGUCGAUUCAAAGGAUCAAAUUCCUAAGGAAUUGUUAACUAUGUCUACCACAAGUUGGUCUGUUGCUUCCGUUGUUCCUGCUACAUUGAAGAAAGCACCACUUCAACUCCGAGAAUUCGAAGCGAUCCCUCAUGCUGGUAAAUCCUAUAAUCCCCAUAAGAAAGAUUGGUCUUCUCUAUUAGAUAAAGAAUUUGAAACUGAAAAAGUAAAGGAACAAAAUAGAUUAGCCCUUGAAGAGUACAAAGAAAGAAUUAAGCAUUUGAUGGAAACUUUAGAAGAUAAUGAAGAAGAGGAAUCGUCAGACGAUGAAGGGGAAGAAGAGGAAGAGGAAGAGGAAGAGACUGAAGAACAAUUGAAUGAGGCUAUUAAGUUGUCCAUAAAUGAAGCUGUAAAAAAUAAGAAAAAAACCAAAUAUCAAAGAAAUAAAGCUCAAAAGCAUGAAGAAAAGGUUAAGUUGCAACAAGAGCUAAAGAAGUUAAAGCAACGAGUUCAUGAAUUAGAAAGAUUGGAUGAGAUUGAGGGUGCUGUAAGUAAAGAAACGAAUGAGAAAGAUAAUACAUCUGUAUCAGAAAAGGUUAAGAAAACAAAGAAAAGAGCUAAAUUCGGUACCAAAUAUGGACUAUUAGAUGAAAGGCUAGAAAUCAAGUUUUCUGAUGAAUUGUCUCAUUCUCUAAGGAAAUUGAAACCUGAAGGGAAUCUUCUUUACGAUAAUGUCAGAAAGUUGCAAAGCUCGGGUAAGAUUGAAUCUCGUGUACCUGUUAAGAGAGGUAGAAGAUACAAGCAAAAAAUUACUGAAAAAUGGACACAUAAGGAUUUUAAAUAA